CUAAAACGUCUUGAAACAAUUUUAAUCAAACCAAAGUUACAACAUGAAAACAUUGCCUUAGAGGAAAAUGCAGAAUGUCCACUACUUUCUAACAAAAUACCACGGGCGCGCGGAUACGUACUAAAUCUCUUUAACAGACCCAGAUCCAUAGAGGCGUCGCGUCACACGGACCCCAGUGACCCGGCAGGGAAACGUCAUCGCAGCGCCGCACUUCCGAAUACAGAUGAACUUUUGCAGAAUGCUAAGGCGCUGGCUAAACGAAUGUCGGUGUACCAAGGCAGCCUUGCUCCUGAUAUUCCAGCUGGCGCGCUGUGCUCCGACAGUGCGACAGAUGAGCUGCUUGGCGUGUGUGAAGAACAGUGGAAGAAGCUGGAGCAGGUGCAGGAAAAGAUAUCUCUGGUGGGAGCAGAGGCAUUACAGGAUACAGAAAAACAGGUUCUGCAAGCAAAAGCUCUCUCAGCAGAGUUAAAGAAGUGGGCGGACAGAGAACCAGAGUUGUUGCCAAAGAACCACAAAGUCCUGGUUGCUGUUGGUAUGGAAGAGCUGCAGAGGGUGAACAGAGAGCUUGAAAUGGUCCUGUCCUGUUGUCAAGCGAAGAAUGAAAAGCUGAAACAUGAUGUGAAAAGUGAACAGAAGUGGCUAGAAGAACAAGAAGAGUUGUUGAAUGCAGCUACUGACAGAGCAAAAGAACUGCAAAUGGAAAUAAGCAGAUCAUCUGAAGCAAAGGCAGUGCAGGAAACAAAGAGGAAAAUCCAGAAAAUAAAGGCUUACCAGGAGAACUUGUUGGAGACAUUUAGUGACUUCCUUGCUGAGCACUUUCCUAUUCCUCAACAGCAGGCAAAUGAAAACAGGAAGAAAAAAGUGUUUUCCCUGGAACCGACUGUGGAACUGAUUUCAUUACAUGACAUUCUGGAGCUUCUAAUGAAUAAACUGUUUGAGUCUCCUCAUGACCCAUAUAUAACCAUUGAUGAGACAUUUUGGCCACCCUAUACUGAGAUGCUUCUUCGACAUGGAAUUGCACUGAGACACCCUGAAGAUUCAAGCAAAAUUCGCUUGGAAGCUUUUCAUCAGUAGAAUGACAUGAUAAAACCAUGUGUAACUGUUCUAACUUGUGUAACUUUUGUGCUUUUUUAUUUUACUUUGAAUAAAAAUAUAAUUAUUCUAUUUAAAUAAAUUGCAGCUAAGGACUAGAUUGUUCUGAAAAUUUAAUUAUUUUAAAUAGCACUGUAGCAAGCAAUUAACUAGCAAUCUCAUGGCUGCAUACUUAUGGAAGAAGCUCCUAUUUAAGCAGUCAAAAUGUCUGUCUAUCUGUUUUGAUUAACAUAAUUGUAAGAAUUUAUUUGCAUUCGUAGUGUCUUUCAUUCUAAAGAGUUUGACAUAUGGGACCCAUGCCAUCCAGCACUUAAGGUUUCUCCACAUAAGCAGCAGACAAGGAAGAGGACUCAGGAAAGGCAGCAGACAACCCCCUGACCACAAGACUGUAUGCAAAAUGGUGCAGUUUCUUUCAAAAAUAAAAACAAAACCAGACAGUGAAACCAUUAAAA